GCAACAUCUGUGGAGAGAGAGAGAGGGAGAGAGAGAGAGAGGAGGGAGCUGACCUUUCCCGACAACCGUGACUAUCUCAGGAACUAAAAUAAGCUGCUACAACUGAAGAUACAUUGGAAAUCUUGUAUUGUUUGGCUCAGAAUGCUUGGGCGCUCUCGGUGGAAUACGCGGAGCCCAGGAAAAUUGACGUGAACAGGACUGCGCCGGGAUUCGGCUGCCAGUUUGCUUUGACUGACAUUUUAGCCCACGGAAGGAACAUCUGUGACAACUCAUAUAGUGUUCUCUAUCACACACCCAUCCUGCCUGAGUCUUUCCCAUCCCUUCUGAACGUCUCAUGCGCGUAGUCUCUCUUCCUUACAUAGUCUGCUCCAAUCCUUCCUCUAUCACAAUCUAUCACCCCCAGCAUCUUUUACCAGUUCCCCCUUCUCACGGUGUCCCACCUCCAACACAGUCCCCUCUCCUUUCACUCAUAAUACCUCCCUGUCACUCACAGUGUCUCAGUCUCUCACACCAAGUGCCCCCACUCACACAGUCCCUCGACUUUCACUCACAGUUACACCCCCUCCCACUCACUGAACAUCCGCUUUGCCUUUUAGCCUUUCCCUGUCUCACACAACCCGCCCGUGUCAGUCAGCCAGUCACGACAUCCGCUCUUGCCUCUCUCACACACACGAUCUCACUCUGAGCCAUCCGACUGUAUUAAACAGCCAGUCUGAAGAGGGGUCCCGAUCCGAAACGUCACCUGCCCAUUCCCUCCACACACGCUGCCAGACGCGCUGAGUUACACCAGCGAGCACUCGCGGUGUUAGUUUCACCGUCACAGACUCUAUUCUUCUCGCAUAUGCACUCCCCCCCCAAUUCAUCUCCCCUUCCUUUUACGUAAUUGUUCAUUCACUCGUUUUCUCUCACUCUUCGUCCCAGUAUUUCUCUCUUAAACGGACAUCUCACUCACACCGUGGGUCCGUCUCUAUCACCGACCUCUUCACCCUCUCCAUGCCGGCUGGCUCCCUCUUACACAAACUGUCCUAUCUAAAACGCACCUUUAGCACAAUUCUCGCAUAUUUAGUCUCCUUCCACCCUCAUAUUCCCCGGUAUCACAUAGCAUCCCCGCCCUCCCUCCCUCUCGCUGAUACACACUCUCUGAAGAAGGGUCUCGACCCGAAACAUCACCCAUUCCUUCUCUCCAGUGAUGCUGCCUGUCCCGCUGAGUUACCCCAGCUUGUUGCGUGUAUCUUCGGUUUAAACCAGCAUCUGCAGUUCCUUCCUACACACUUUAUCAAAGUACGCUCUCUUCCUCUUGCACACACACUCUCUCUCUCUCUCUCUCUCUCACACACACAAGCCUCUCAACAGUAUCCCUCUCAUUAUUCCCCUCAGUCACACACAGUCUGAUUCCCAUUCUCUCUCGCAGUCUCUCUCUCUCUCUCUCGAAGUGACUUCUUCAUUUUGCCUCCCAGUCUCACUCACUCGGUAUCUCAGACCACACCCCCCCCCCUCUCUUUUUUUUCCACACACACACAAACACACACACCUUUCCCUCCUCUCUCUCAGACUCUGAAGCGGACUCCCUCCAGCCUGCCAACUUCUCCUUCUGUCUGACACGGUGCUACAGUCUCGGAGGCAGCCAGCCACUGAUCCGCAGCCAGCGAGCGAGGUUUGCUGGUGGGUGUGGCUCGCAGUGGUGGAGACACACAGACUUCUCCACACUCUCCACUCGGGGCCUUUCUGUUCAAUUGACAACUUUCCCAACUCGCCACCGGGAUGAGCAAUGAGAGGGUCGCCAAGCGCUCGGCAGCGGGGAGCCCCCGGGAAUCCUACUUCUCGGAUAUACGAACAUUUCUGACGGCUGAGUGCCUGUUGAUGCUGACCCAGGGUAUCAGCGGCGCGUACUUAGUCAGUAUUCUAACGACACUGGAGAGACGGUUCGACCUGCAUAGCACGGAACUGGGAGUGAUUGCAAGCAGCUUUGAGAUAGGGAACCUCAUGAUAAUUUUGUUGGUGAGCUAUUUCGGUGGCAAGGGUCAUAGGCCGCGACUGAUAGGCUGCGGUGGAAUCAUAAUGGCCAUUGGGUCCUUGUUUUGUGCUCUGCCUGAAUUUUUAAGCCAUCAGUAUAAAUACAAGCAGGUGGAUACAUCCGCAUUGAAGGACACCUGUAUCACAAACCUUUCCUUGGAGGAAACACAAAUUAAGAUAGAGAAGAAUCUAAAGACUUGUGCAGAAACGGAAACAACAAACAUGAUGUAUGUCCUGGUUAUUGUAGCCCAGGUUAUCAUUGGGGCUGGAGCAACUCCUAUUCAACCACUGGGAGUCUCCUACAUUGAUGAUCAUGUACGCAAGAGGGAUUCUUCGCUUUAUAUCGGAGUCUUAUUUACCACCAUGCUGUUUGGACCUGCAUUUGGCUUUAUGCUCGGUUCCUUGUUUACAACAAUCUAUGUGGAUGCGAUCUUCAUUGACACAGAUAAAUUGGACAUCACCCCCGAUGAUCCCCGAUGGAUUGGUGCUUGGUGGGCUGGCUUCCUGCUUUGUGCUGGGCUCCUGUUCUUCUCGUCUCUGUUUAUGUUUGGAUUUCCUCAGGCCAUGCCUAAAAAACAUGACUCAUUGAGCAAGGGCUCCCAGCAACCAAUGCUCCCACGCAAAGGCCACAAGGACCAGCAGAAGCUUGCGGCUGACGCCAAUAAAAAUACAGACGAUAAAAAAAGUGAAGCCACAUGUGGAGAAUACCUGAAAGCAAUUCCGCAAGUAACUAAGCAGCUGUUGAUGAACCCGGUCUUCACCUGCGUUGUGCUGUCUGCCUGCAUGGAGGUCGCAGCCAUCAGUGGCUUUGCUGCUUUCUUGGGCAAAUAUCUGGAAAGGCAGUUUGGUCUGAGUGCAUCGUACGCCAACCAAUUCAUAGGAGUCACUGCUGUUCCUUGCGUGUGUCUUGGAAUUUUCCUGGGUGGCUUUGUGUUGAAGAAAAUGAGCCUAACUCCACUGGGAGCCAUCAAAAUGACGAUGACUGUCAACAUGCUGUCAACAGUUACGUAUGUCAUGCUGCUGUUUCUGGGCUGUGAAACUGGGCCAUUUGCUGGCGCAACAGUUCCCUAUAAAAACAGCACUUUCGAUGAACUCAGAAGGGAUCUAACCGUAUCAUGUAACGAACAUUGCAGAUGUUCAAAAGAGACUUUAAACCCAGUCUGUGGGGCUGAUGGCAUCACUUACCUUUCCCCAUGCUUUGCCGGAUGUACCAACAAGAACCUUACCAACUGUGCCUGCGUUAACACUGGGUUUAUCCAGAAUGCCACAGCUGUGCCAGGACAAUGUCCCAGGACAAAUUGUGAAUUUGCGUUCCCUGCAUUUUUUGCAGUUGUUUGUGUGGGCAGUUUGCUGGGUGCAAUGGCUCAGACACCAUCCGUCAUGAUUCUUAUCAGAUCUGUAAACCCUGAAUACAAAUCUUAUGCCCUUGGUGUCCAAUUUCUAAUGCUCAGAUUACUUGGUUUCAUCCCACCGCCACUUAUUUUUGGAGCUGCAAUUGACUCCACCUGUCUGGUCUGGUCAGAAACCUGCAAUAAAAGUGGAGCAUGUGCUUUAUAUGACAACACCUCAUACAGAUAUCUCUACGUCAGCAUUGCCAUUGGUCUAAAGACUAUCGCCUUUGUAUUGUACACAACUACUUGGCAUUACAUAAAGCGCCACUCCAAGAAGUACGUUCAAGGAGAUGAAGAUUCAGUCGGCAAAAUGACCACUUCAGAUCUCUUUACAUCAACAUUGACAUUAGAUGCAGCGACAGGCGAUUCUAACAAAUCAUCUGGAAGGACAACAUUAAUCUACCAUUUGGGAGACAAUGAGAUGUGCGAAAACAUAGAGUCUGUCCUUUAACAUUUGUAUGGAAUGACUGCAGCAUUGUGAAGAUAUAUAGUUUUGUAGGAGAAAAAAAAAAAAUUUCUAAACAUCUAUUUUAAUGUUUUUAUGCAUCACAAGGAUACAACAGAAGGCACUGGCCUUAUAAAAGAUUUAUAUUAAUCCCCCUAUAGUUUAAAUGAUGGCAAUAAUAUUUUGUGAUUCUGAAUAGCUCACAACGGAAGUGAAGAAAUGGGGUGAGCUAGUACCAAGAACUAGCAGAUCCAAACCAGGAAAAGCAGUCGGCCCUAGUGGUCAGUUAUUUUUAAAGAAGUUCUAUUUAAAUGGCUUUUAUGCUUAUUUUGCAUUUUCUGCAGAGAUACAACAUAUUACAGCAUAUAAUGCUAUCUAUAUCAUGCAAAGUAUAUGAAAGUGAAAUGUUUAAAGCACAAGUGUAUGAUCUGAUUCUGGCCUUGAGUUUAUCCCAAGUAUCCAACGCUUCAAAGCCUGAACUUUGACCAAAGAAUCCACAUUAACAAACAAUAUAAACUUCUGAUUAUGUAUUUCCCUCUGCAACGUUUAACAAGUAUCUUUACUGAUUUAAUAUUACAGCCAUCAUGUAUAUUGCAAUAAUUGCUUAUAAUGCAACCUGAAAUGGAUCAGUUUAUUCUUUAUUUUAAAGCAGUUACUUUCAAUUAUUCAAGCCAUUUGAGGUCAUUCAAAACCUGCCUAUUGUUUUUAAAACGUUCUGCAAUAUCCAGUACUGUUACAAGUUGGUGCUGCUAAAUAGCUAGAAUGAUAAUACCAAAAGGUGCCUCAGGUCAUUUAUGAAGUACAUGAAAGAAAACCUGAUACCCCAUGACACAUCAAUUAUUUAUUCUUAAUACAAAUUAUUUUUUAUUUUCAUACUGGAAAUAUAGAAGCCUACACAACUGUUUAAAGAUUAUGCCAACUGCAUGAGUGCAUUCGUUUUGAUUUACUUUAAAUACGGUGGCAGGUUUGAGGUGCGAGUAGUAACAUUGGCAAGGAAAGGAAUGGUGUUUUAUUUUAGGCACUCACAUUCAUCACCAAACUCUGAGCAGAGUAGCAUUAUGAUUUAAAAGCUCAAGACAUUUUUUUGAACAACCACCUAGGGUUGUUAAUACAGCACGUGAUGUUAUUUUAUCAGUUGCGUGUCAUAAUAAGAUAACAAAAGGCACAGCAGUUAGAGAUGCUUCAAUUAUUAUGCUUGCACAGGUACACAACAUUUGGCAAUGUUCCCCCGCUCCUGUUAAAAUUCACAUUACUUUGUUGAAUUUACCCUCACUGUUUCUGGUGCGAGAGUGCCAAUUGUAAAUUGAGUUGCAAAGUUUCCACUCACCACAAAACGUUAACAUGGUAGAGACCACAGUUAAUUGAGUAAAGGUGAUGAAAAUGACAAAGCCACAUCUGUAUUGUUCAUGCCUUGUUUAUUUGAGUAAACUUUAAUCUCCCAGUUUUUUUCUACUGCAAAAAAUAUUAAGAAUAUUAAUGUAUAUUGUAUUGAAACCAAUGUGUUUGUAUUAUUUAUAUUAUGCUUUAUACCAUAGAAUUUUAAAAGAAAUGCAUUUGACUUCUGUAAAACUGAUCCAUGAUUCUGUUGUUGCUUUAUUUGGAUAACUUAGUAGUGGCUGAAUUAUUCACUCUCUACGGCAGAAGAGUUGAGAUCACGUCAGAGGUUGAAAUCCAAAACUAUUCGAAUGUAAACCAAACCUGCCUCAGAAUCUCCCCAAAACAAACAAAGGGCUUGAGUAACUCAGUGGAUCGGGCAGCAUUUCUAGACGACAUGGAUGGAAUACUUUAGACUUAAGAGAUACAGCGCAGAGACAGACCCUUCAGCCCACCGAGUCCGUGCCAACCAGCAACCACCAUGUACACUAACACUAUCUUACAUACCAAGGACAAUUUUAGCAAAGCCAAUUAACCUACAAACCUGUGCAUCUUUGAAGUUUGGGAGGAAACUGGAGAACACAGAGAAAACCCACAUGGUCACAGGAAGAAUGUACAAACUCCAUUCAGACAGCACCCGUGGUCAGGAUCGAACCUGGGUCUCGAGCGCUGUAAGGCAGCAACUCUACCACUGUGCCACCCCAGAUGUUCCAGGUCACCUAUCAAUGUCUCCCAGAGAUUCUGCCUGAUCUGCUAGUGUUACCGAGUUGGAUGAUCAGGCAUGAUCAUAUUGAAUGGCGGUGCAGGCUCGAAGGGCCGAUUGGCCUAUUCCUGCACCUAUUUUCUAUGUUACCCCAGCCCUGUGUAUUUUCUUUUGUAAACAAGCAUCUGCAGUUCCUUGUGUCAGACUCUCCCACUUCUGAUUCUAAUGGAAGACAGAUGAAGAGACAGAAGGACACUACUCUACUUGUGAUAAAGCGGUUGGUCAAGUAAUUAGACUGCAUCAGUUUAAUAGUUGCUGCACUUAUAACCUCAGGUACUUGGGUUUCCAAAAACUUAGAAAUCCAACAGGUGAAGAGAAGCGAGAAAGGUUGAAUCCAGAAUUGCCUUCACAGCACCAGCUGUGGGGUAAGAGGAAUACAAGUGCUUUCUCCAGGCCCAGUAUAAUUAUACAUUUAACCCUUUUUGGUCACCCCUUGCUCACUAUCACCUCUCAUGGCCACCAAUAGCAACUACAUCCAGGGACUAUGGCAGCACGGUGGCACAGCGGUACAGCUGCUGCCUUCCAGCGUCGGAGACCCGGGUUCGAUCCAGACCACAGGUGCUGUCUGUAUGUAGUUUGUACAUUCUCCCCGUGACCUGCGUGGGUUUUCUCCGAGAACUUUGGUUUCCUCCAUCACUCCAAAGGUUUGUAGGUUAAUUGGCUUGCUAUAAAUGUAAAUUGGCCCCAAUGUGUGUAGGAUAGUGUUAGUGUGUGGGGAUCGCAGGU